CUAUUUUUAGAUGUUUAUAUUACGAGUAUUGUCAGUAUGAUUCGAUGUUUUGGAAUGCAAAAAAUGAUUUCAAAUUGACAAAGUGCCAUGAGUUUCAAUUACUCGCAAGAUGAUGACAUUCCCGCGGUCGUCAUUGACAACGGUUCACACCUCUGUAAAGCGGGGUUUGCAGGAGACGAUGCUCCAAGAUCCAUAAUUCCGCCUCUUAUUGGCAGACCGCGGUACAUGUACGAAAACUGGAUGGUAGGCAUGGAUGGAAAAGACGCGUUCAUUGGAGACGAAAUACAAAAUAAAAGAGAUGUGCUUGCAAUUAAUCAACCAAUCAAAAAGGGUAUCAUAACCGACUGGGAUGACAUGGAGAAAAUAUGGCAAUAUAUAUUUGAUAAAGAACUGCGCGUGUCACCUGAGCACCAUCCUGUGUUACUUACAGAUGUCCCGUUAAAUCCUAAAAUCAACAGAGAAAAAAUGUGCGAAAUAAUGUUUGAAACGUUCAACACGCCACUAUUUUCUGUUUCGUUAGCGGGUAUUCUCGGGGUGUACGCCUCAGGGCGUGGUUCGGCUAUAUUACUUGAUGUGGGUCACGAGGUCUCCCACGUGCUUGCAAUAUAUGAAGGAUAUAAAUUUGAACACGCGAUUGAUCGCAUGAAUUUCGGUGGUAAUGAUUUGACGGACUACUUUUUACAAAUGUUAAAUGGCGAACGAGGUCAUACUUUCACCUGCAAAAGCGACAAAGAAAUAGUUCGUAAGAUAAAGGAAUCAAUAGGCUACACAGAACUAGAUUUUGAGGAGAAAAAUAAUUGCACUGAGUACAACUACUCUUCUAGUGUCGAGAAAAUAUAUGAACUACCUGAUGGGCGUAGGAUUACAGUUGGGAACGAAAGGUUCCGGUGUACAGAGCCUCUUUUUCAACCACAUUUACUCGGCAAAGAUUUCCCAGGAUUACAUCAGUUCUUAUAUUCUAGCCUUAUGAAAUGUGAUAUUGACACCAGGGCGGAUUUAAUGUGCAACGUGAUAUUAACAGGCGGAUGUACGAUGUUCACGGGGCUGAGGGAAAGAAUGUUAAAGGAAUUGACGCAUUUGAUUCCAAAAACGAUGAGGGUGCAGGUUAUAGCACCGCCUGAAAGAAAGCUAAGUGUCUGGAUUGGAGGCUCAAUUCUAGCUUCUUUAUCUACGUUCCAAAAUCUCGCCAUUUCAAAAAUGGAUUAUGAGGAAAAUGGCCCCGGAGUUGUACAUUUAAAAUGUGUAUGAGUAUAUAUAAAUAGCUUGUUGUUUAUUGUAAAUGUCUAUUAGCUGUUCCUUAUUCACUUAACUUGUUUGUAAACUUAAGUUAUAUUGAAUGUGUUCUAUACACUUUGUAGACUAUGUUUUCCAACUAUUUUAAUCUGGUCUUUUUAAGCCUGUCCAUGUUAAACAAAACGUCGAGCUUUUAUGAUCACUGCGUCGUCGUCGGGCAAAAACUUUAUUGUAUCCCAUUAUUCCAACAUUUUUUAAGUUAUCAACAUGAAACUUAGAAUACUAAAAUUGCUUAUAUUGGUUAGACAAGUGGCUUAAUUCGGAAAGCUUUAUUUUUUAGUUAUGCUCAUUUUAACCAUUUUUUUUGUUCAAAUAGACGAUCGACAACACUGCAUCAGCGCACAUAUUUUACGGUUUCCACCAAAUCAUACUUCUUCCUGUCACAAUUAAAAUGCUGUUUUAAUAUUGGGCCGUAUAUAUACGGUGAUUUGCAAUAUGACAUUGUUUAAUUAUUUUGCCAUUCACCUUCUAGAGAAUUUUCAUUCUCAACAGGUUGAAAUUUAAUUAACAUAAUUUCGUUUAAUUUAUAACAAGAGCCGGGCAGUCUAUUUAUAUAUAUCUGUUUUUUUCUCUACCAACUGCCGGCCAAUCAUCAUUAUAAGUCAAUAUUUUGAAAUAAAAUUUGAAUUUUACUCAACUUGACAAUACGUAUAUAAGAUAAUGUAACUUUAACACAAUCACGAGUUUCCGAGGAUGCUUUGUGUUCAUGUUGUGUUCGGACGGCUCUUAGUGUUUCAAGGGGUCCGAGGUUCAUAUAUACUUAAUUAACCCUAUAUACUGUCUGAGCUAAGACAAACGGGGUUUGUGCCUGCUUGCACUAAAAUGUACAUCGACCAGUAUACAUGUAUUCAAUAUAAUUUGUACAUAUAAUUUAUUAAUUAAUAAAUAGUUAAUUAAAUAAAAGUAUGAAAUAAUUA